AUGUUAGGUGAAACUUCAAUACGAUUAAGGGAGGCUAUUAUUAAUGGUAACUUGUUGAUUGUAAAACGAUUAUUAAGAAGGUACCCAGAACUGCUAACUAAUACAGAUCCUACCAACGGCUGGAGUUCCUUACAUUACGCUUCAUAUUAUGGACGAUAUUUGAUAUGUGUAUACUUGAUUCAAUUAGGACAUGAUCUCAAUGAGGAGUUGUAUACAUUCAAGGGGAACACCUGUGUCCAUUUAGCAUUGAUAAAUGGUCAUGAACAAACUACACACCUCCUUUUACAACAUUUCCCUCAAUUCAUUAAUAAACGGGGAGAUAAAGGUCGAACUCCAGCCCAUAUUGCAUGUAUUACUGACAACUUUCGUUGUUUAAGUCUGCUGCUCGGUGUUGGUGCUAAUCUUACAUUACGAGACGACCAAGGUGAAACUCCUUUACAUAUCUGUCUAGAAUAUAGUUCUAUUGAAUGUCUUAAGUUACUAUUUCAAGAAGGGUAUCAAGAUUUCAUUCUAGUUGCAGAUCAAAUAUCUGAUAAUUAUGGAUGGAAACCAGAAGAAGUAGCUGAAACCUUUGACUUUGCGAAAAUAUAUUCCAAAUUAAAAAGAAACUAUAAAUCAAUAGUAUCAUCAAAUACCCCAAAUGUAAUUCAAUCUGCAAAUUUUCGAAAGACAAGUUUUCCAAGUUUUCGUACACCCAUUGUUGAAUCCAAAGGUGUUUUUGAUGAGGCAAUUUCACCAUUACUAAAUGUAUUUACUCCUGCAACUUUGUCAAAUACGGGGCAACUAAGUUCUCCUCUAAGUAAAUUACCAAAUAUAUCUACAAGUAGAAAGACCUCCUUCUCUACUCUCUCUAAAAAAGAAAAUAUAAACUUUUCAUCUUCAAGAAAAUCAUCAGACUCGAAUAGAACAUCACCUUCACCAUUAAAGGGAAUUGACUCACGUGGUGAGUCAAUUGAGGAAAGUUAUUCUAGCACUAUUUCCAACCCAAUCGAUAAUAAAUCCCAGCAUAAUGAUAGCAUAAGCAAUAUAUCUGCUGCUAGUUUUAACAGUAAUAGUAAGACUAUUAAUUUAAAACAUACAAUCACAAAUAUAACUAUGGAAACCAACACAAGUUGUAGCAUUCAUAGUGUAUCCCCUAAAAAAGAACCAGAUAAUGCAUCACAUUCAGAAACAAGUAUAGUUACUCCUAUAGGUAGAACUUUUAGUAAUGAUACCAUUCAAAGAAACAAAUAUAUCCUUGAUAAUUUGAGUGAAGAGAAAACAGAAAAUAAGAAAAAGAAGAAACCUAUAACAAGACUGACCCAAGGUCGUUCCAAAACGAAAAACAGAUUAUCACUUCUGAAUGUUCCUAUAGCUAGAGUUCGAGACAAAGAUGGAUUAGAUAGCUGA